GUAAACAAUAUGCAACCAGUAAUUUCUCCAUCAAACCCCCUGAAGUUUUUCCUCAAUCGCUCAUAACGAGCUCGUUGUCUCCGAAAUACGUGGAGGUGAUCUCGGAAACCUUCUCCCGUUCGCUCCGUCUACCUCCCUUUUGCUCUCUAUUUUUGGUUGUUGCUUUUUUCCUUGUUUGGAGAUCAGCACAGAUUAAGCAGCUAUGCCCACCUCGAAGCGGCUGUCUCACUCCGCUUCUGGAGGCGGACUUCAAAGGAGCAGAGCCAGCGCCGGUAGAUGCCGACUUCCUGUUGUGCUCCUUCUCUUCCUUUCUAUCCUCGCUCCGUUGCUCUUCCUCGCAGGUCGGAGUGUCCGCGCACCGAUCUACUCGGAUCAGAAGGGUGUGUCGAACUUAUCAAGUAAACAGAUUCUAGACUGGAAAGAACAACCAGCUGUGCAAAAGUUGAAGUCUAUUCUUACAAAAGAGGUAAUUGAUUCAAUUGUUGCUAGCCGAGAUGAACUUGGUCCCUGGAGUCUUGAUUUUUUCAGAAGAAACCAUGGGUCUUCUUCAUGGCAAAUUGAUGAAUUGGACAACAGCGCCCAAUCCAAUGUUACUGCAGAAGAUGCAAUACAAACAGUUGCUGGUGCUCAACUUAAAACUUCCCAGGGUACAUCAGAACAUGAUGCCAGUUUCCAUGUUUCCUCAUCUAAAGAUAAAGGGGUCAAAGAUGAAUCCGCCGAAAACCAACUUCCAGAUUCACCAGCAAAAUUAGCUCGAAGGCAAUUAAGGGAGAAGCGACGAGAAAAGAGAGUGAAAGAAUUGAUUCAACAUGAUAAUGAAGCACUAGUUAAACUUGAAAAUGCUGCUAUGGAGCGCUCUAAAUCCGUGGACAAUUCAAUUCUGGGGAAAUACAGCAUAUGGAGGCGAGAUAAUGAAAACGAAAACUCUGAUUCAACAGUUCGUUUAAUGCGUGACCAAAUGAUCAUGGCUAAGGUCUAUUCUCUUAUUGCUAAGUCUAAGAGCAGUCAUAAUAAGCUUUAUCUUGAGUUGCUGAAUCGGCUGAAGGAAAGUCAACGUGCACUUGGAGAGGCUAAUGCUGAUGGUGACCUUCCUCAUAAUGCUCCUGAGAAGAUCAAAUUAAUGGGUCAAGCUUUGUCAAAAUCUAGAGAGGAACUGUAUGACUGCAGGGCAAUCACUGAUAGGCUUAGGCUGAUGCUACAAUCAGCUGAGGAACAGGUUAGGGGUUUGAAGAAACAGAGCACAUUUCUUAGCCAAUUAGCUGCAAAGACAAUUCCUAAUGGGAUCCACUGCUUAUCUAUGCAUUUAACUGUUGCAUACCACCUUCUACCUCCAGAGAAAAGGAUAUUCCCAAAUAUCGAGAACUUGGAAAAUCCAAAUCUAUUUCACUAUGCUCUCUUUUCUGACAAUGUGUUGGCUGCAUCUGUUGUUGUAAAUUCAACUGUCAUGAACGCUAAGGAGGCAGAGAAGCAUGUAUUUCAUCUUGUCACUGAUAAGUUGAACUUCGGGGCAAUGAAAAUGUGGUUUCUGUUGAACCCACCUGGAAAGGCAACCAUACAUGUGGAAAAUGUGGAUGACUUCAAAUGGUUAACCUCAUCGUAUUGUCCCGUGUUACGACAGCUUGAAUCUGCUGCCAUGAGAGAAUACUAUUUCAGGGCAGACCAGCAUACUAGUCUUUCAGCCAGUUCAUCUAAUUUAAAGUACAGAAAUCCUAAAUACUUGUCAAUGCUGAACCAUUUAAGAUUUUAUCUUCCUCAGAUUUAUCCUAAGUUAGAUAAAAUCUUGUUCCUUGAUGAUGAUAUUGUUGUCCAAAAGGACUUGACACGGCUGUGGUCUAUUGAUCUAAAGGGGAACGUAAAUGGCGCAGUGGAGACAUGUGGGCAAAGUUUCCAUAGGUUUGACAAGUAUCUUAAUUUCUCAAAUCCUCACAUUGCAAGGAAUUUUGAUCCUAAUGCAUGUGGCUGGGCCUAUGGAAUGAAUAUAUUUGAUCUGAAGGAGUGGAAAAAGAGAGACAUUACUGGGAUAUACCACAAGUGGCAAAACAUGAAUGAGGACAGAGUAUUGUGGAAACUUGGGACACUCCCUCCUGGACUCCUGACCUUCUACAAGCUGACAUUUCCACUGGACAAGUCAUGGCAUGUUCUUGGCUUGGGCUACAACCCGAGUAUAGACCGAACAGAGAUAGAUAAUGCUGCCGUAAUCCAUUAUAAUGGAAAUAUGAAGCCUUGGCUAGAGCUAUCAUUGACCAAAUAUAGGCCUUUUUGGUCCAAGUACAUCAAACAUGAUCACCCACACAUCCGGAGCUGCAGCUUCAGCCAAUAGGUACGAGUGCUUCAAUAACUGCAUGCUAACUGUCAUUCUGCAAUUCUACUUUCCACCUAUUUGGUUUGUUGUCCUUUUCCCACUUUUAUCGGAGUUAGCAGAAUAGGUGGACUUCACAAUGCUCAGAAGCAAUGUUCUGUUUUGGUAGGAUGUUGUUUUAAUGUACAAGUAGUGCGUAGAUAUUCAUCUUCUUUUAAGGGACAUUUUAUGUAUAGGGCUUUCUUGAGUUUUUCCUUUAUAAAUGAAUUUAAUAAAGACCCUCAUAUUUGUUCCAUGUGCUA